AUGGGUUCAAUCGUCCUCCCUCACCUGCAGACAGCAUGGCAUGUCGACCAGGCCAUCCUCUCUGAAGAAGAACGCCUGGUGGUGAUCCGGUUCGGCCGUGACCACGAUCCCGACUGUAUUCGCCAAGAUGAACUGCUCUACAAGAUUGCCGAGCGCGUAAAGAACUUCGCGGUCAUCUACCUUUGCGACGUGGACCAGGUCCCGGACUUCAACCAGAUGUACGAGCUCUACGACCGGAUGACGAUCAUGUUCUUCUACCGCAACAAGCACAUGAUGUGCGAUUUCGGAACCGGAAACAACAACAAAUUGAACUGGGUGUUGGAGGAUAAGCAGGAGUUGAUCGACAUCAUCGAGACUAUCUACAAGGGUGCGAAGAAAGGUCGAGGUCUGGUGGUCAGCCCCAAAGAUUACUCUACCAGAUACCGAUACUGA